UAUUUCUACGAUUGGAGGAUGAUGCGGAAUAGUGUAAUACUUACCUUUGAUGACGUUCUGUUCAGUUUGCUACUUAAAUUUAUUGCAGAAGUGAUGCUGAAAUUGCAUUAAAUGUGUAAUUUAUGUUCUCUGAUUCGUGUUCGGAAAAAAGCGCUAAGGUUUAGUACUGUGAGUUGGUGUAGUAAUUGUCAAAAUGUGUAGAUACGCUUAUGUCUUGCUACCUGUGAUAUUGCUGUUUGUUUUUGUCACGGAAGUAUCUAGCAUUGUUUGCACCAGAGAGGAUAUAGUGUAUGAUACCAGGCCUUUAGUAUGUCCUGGCCCAAAUGAUCCCAAGGACCGGAUUUAUUGCUGUGGUCCUAAGAAACUGCGUUACUGCUGUAGUUAUGCAGAUUAUGCAUCUGCUAUUAAUACCAUAGGGAUCAUAGUUGGAGUGCUGGUGACAGCUCUUGUUGUUGUUGUUAUCAUAGUGGUGGUGUCAUGUUUCUGCUGUAGUUGUUGUCUCCUGGCCAAACGUCGUAACAGGCAAGGAAACACAUCUUAUGCUGCAAGUCAGCCGGCAACGACCACUACGACGACAACAGCUCAUUAUUCGGCCCAGCCAGCUUUUCCAAUUCAGACUUUCCCUACAGCCUAUCCACAACAGCAGUUCCAGCAGCAAUACCCUCAACAGCAGUUUACCCAGGAGCAUUUCCAAUAUCCACCAAAUCCAUAUCCACCUCAAAUACCUUAUUCGGCUGCUGGUGGAUACCAGGGUGGGUAUCCACCACCUGCUGGAAAUCCUCCACCAUAUCCAGUUAACGAUCAACCACCAUACAAUCCUUCUUUUGGAAAAUGAAUGUCCUGCUCACAUAUUGGAGGAUGUGGAAAAAUUUUGCAGUUUCUCUUGAUUGGCUGAUAAAUUGUACACUUUUUAACCGAUGGUUGAAAAGGUAAAUAUAUGGGAAAAAAUGAGGCAGCUCUGAUCAAGUAAAAUUUAUCACUAUACUGUCGGAGCUGUCUGUAUGUUUUGUGAUACUUAAGUUAAUUUUCUGUAUCUGUAACUUUUAGCUUUCAUUUCACUAUUAUUUAUUUUUUCAUUUUUAUUUUGAGAUACUAUACAUGACUGCUGAGUUUGUUUUAGUGAAGGUGUGUGUCUCAUUUUAAACACCAGCCAUUAUCUGUAUAACUAUUUGCAGUAGAAGGUUGUUUAUCUUCAAUGUCUGAAUGUGUAUGUGGAAUGUACUAUAUUUGAUAUUGAUGAAAUUUCUCGUUUACUUAAGCAAAAACGUGUAUGAUCAAAUGUUUCCUUUUCUUGCCUUGAAUUUUCUUAUGAAAAGAACUGGAAGUUAAAAUUAAGUGAAAAGGUAAUAUACAUAUUUAACUGAAAUGUGAGAUUGCAAUAAUUGUACAGUGAGAGAAUCCAUUUUGAUGCAGGAGAUGUGGCUGCUCUUGAAUCGAAUUUUUUGACUGAAAGUGAACAAAUCAGAUACUGAGCUUGAUUAUCUUCAUGACUGUUUACCAUGGUUUAAGGAUAAAUAAUCUUCUACUGUAUUAUUAGCAGUUAUUCAGUAAUCAUGUAUUUAAUCUGAAGUACUUGACAUAAUUUGUAAUAUCUGAAACUUAUGACCAAUUUUGUUUUAUGAUGCAGUUUAUAAUGUCAGGUACUCUGAUGCCAGUGUAUGUAAAUAUUAAUUAGCUUUUUCAAAAUUUGGUUGGAUCAGUUUAAUUCUUAAAUGUAGUAUGGGUAUGUAAUGCUGCAUUGUAGUGAAUGUUGAGUUUCUGUGAUGCUAAUCUGUACAGUUGCUGUUAAAUCAAUUGUACUUUCUAAAAAUGAUGAUUAAAAAAGCUUGAUUCUUGUAUGUAUUUACACAGCAUAGUAUAAAAAUUUAAUAUAUGCUGUUUUUAGACUAACUGGCUUGUUACACUUUUUAAUAGCUAUUUAAAAACUAAGUAACGAAGUCUAACUAUUUGCUAUUUACAGGAACAAAAACUAUUUAAGUUAAUGAAGUUUUCAUCUGAUAAAUGUGUAAUGAAAAUGAAUAUUCAUAAGUUAUGCAAAUAUUAGACUUAUUUAGGUGCAAAUGCACCUUUCUUAAAAAAAAAAAAAAAAAAAAAAAAAAAAAAUCCUGCUUCAUUCUUGCAGUUACAGUGCAUAUAGUAAAAAGAAUUUAUUUUCAGAAGAAUAAUUUAGAGGUAAUUCUAUAUUUAAGCUAAAUUUUGUCUAAUUUUUAUUAGUGUAUUUUCAUACAUGAAGUUUUAAUAGUCCAGACAAAUUACAUUCAGAACAGAACUGUUAAAAUUUAAAAUCUGGAAUCUUGGAAUAUCGAGAUGAGUUUAUUGAUGCUUAUAUGUAAUGAUUUUCCUUACUUGUAAAAUAUGAACUAAACAAGCAAACCUAUACUAUUGCUUUAUGUAAAAAUUGUCUUUGUUGAUGCAUGUAUGUAAAUGCUGUUCUCAUGCUCAUAAAUAUGUAUGUUAAGUGGUAGUUUAUAGAAUUGUAUGCCAUUCACAUUUUAAGAAUGGUUUUGCUGUCAGAAUCUCAUAUAGUGCAAUGAUAUAUAAAACAUUGCUUUUAUAUAUUUGAAACUUUUCACAAUACCUCUUUCUGGGUAGAGGAAAGUCUGUAUAGAUUUUCUGCAUUUAUUUUACUUAUUUUAAGCCAUAAUUUUGUUAAUUUUUUUGGUUUCUCUGAUAGCAGUAGAGUGCCAUGUAUUAAAAAUUUAUCUGUUUGAUGAAAAUGGAAAAAUUUCAGUUUGCUUAUUCAUGUGUUUUUAAUUUCCAUACACACGGUGUUCUGUUACCAUGUGCAAUUUCAUAUGCGUGCAUUGGAAUUUUGAAAUUUGAACUGAAUGUAAAUAUAGGUGCAGUGUAAUACUUUUCAACAAAAGAAUAUAACACAUUUAAAUUGCUGUUACUGUAUACAGUACAAAGAGUUUACUAGUGUCAUAUAUUUUUGGAUUGUAUGAGUUUCAUCGACUUUAAAUAAAUUAAUAUUGUGAUCAUGAAGUUUCACGUCAAGGAUCUGAUGAAAUCCAUCUUGGAAUUUGUUUACUUUUCCAGAGCAGUGAAGAUCAUCAUUACACAGCAAAUUCAUACUGAGCUUUAUUUAAAGCUAACUCUUUAUCUGUAUGAGAAUUUGAUAAUAUGUUGUUAAUCUUUUAACUGUUUUUGAGUAACUGGUGUAAAUAAUAAUUUGAACUUUUAAACGGGAUUUUAGCUAACUAAUAAGUUUGAAUUGUAUAUGUAAAAUUUAUUAAUCAUUUGUUAAAUUUCAUAAGAAAUGAUUUUUUGACAAAAUUCACGAGUUCAUCUUGAUUAGCAGACGUCCCAUUUUGAAAUUAGAAAUGUAUGUGUUUUUCCUUAUUUAUGUAAGAAUUGUAAAGAAAGCAUUAAUAUGUCAUAUUUUUUCAUGCAGAAUAAAUGAUAAAAAUAUUAAAACAUGUUACAUAAAUAGUUUUCUUAACAUAUAGUUCCUCCUUGUUUAGCUGUAAUUCUCCCCCCUCUCAGAACGUACUGAAUUUUGGCACCUGCCAUGACUAUUAAAUAGGUUGUAUAAAUGAUGAGGCAUUGCUAUGCAUUGUUUAUCUUCUAUUUUAUUUUGUAAUACUCAUUCUAAUAGGUUAAAGCUGGGGCCAUUUUUUUUUUUUUUUUUCCUAAUUUUUUUGUUGUUACUUUGUGCCAACAUAAUAUGUGCGGAACUGUAGUUUUGAGAUUUUGUGUAAUUAUUAUGAAGCAUUAUAAUUAAGCAAAGAUGGCAAGAAUUUGUAAAACAAUUUUAAUAUAAUUAUUAUUCAGGCAUUUUUAGAAAAGAAGAAAAGUAAUGUACAAUGGUUAAAAUUCUGCAAUAAUUUAAGAUAUUUAAAAAUGCAUAACUUGUUUGUGUCACAAAAACAUUGCUGACUAGAAAAUAUUUUUUUCCAGUUCUUUAAUUUUCAUAAAAAAUAGCUUUUGUUACUUGCUUAUAUAUAUAUAUAACUACACACACUUAUUUUACAAAUUCAUUAUUUAAGAAACAAACUUUUAAGGAUAAACAAGUAUUAUUUCAUGGUACAGUUUAAAAUUUUAUUGUUUGUGAAUUGAAGUAUAAUUUACAAAGUGUGUUUGAUAGUACAUUUUUCCACAUUUCAUGCUUUUUGAAUGUGUAGUCAUUUGUGUAUUCUGAUGUUUCUAUCUACUAUAUUGCUCAAUCUAUUUUUGUAGUGUCUUUGUUUUUAUUAUAAAGCAUUAUAGCCUGUGAUUAAGAAGAGGAUGCUAGAAGUGUUGCACUGGAAUUUGCUGUUUAGAUCUGACUCAGAUCUUUGAAAUUUUUAUUACAGUGAAUUUAAGAAGGCAGAUCUAUUAACAAACUGUUUUUGUGUGAAAACUGUGGACUGGGUAUUGAUAUGAAAUCUGUAAUAUUAGAAUUUUACUGUCAGUCAGUUUUAAAUAAUAUUUAAACUAAAUUAGAUUCUGUAUCUCUGUGAACUAAUGAAAUUACUUAUAUUCCAAGUCUGUCGGAUUCUAGAGUUUUAGAUUUUAAAUUGGAUUAUGCAUAACCCUACUAAUUCAUAUUUUCCUUCAGUUAUUUUUGGUUAAACAAAGCAUCAGAUAUAUGAAAUUUCUUUUGAUUAUUAUUAGAUUUAAUGCUAUAUAUCUAAAUUCUGUUAGUUUGAUUUAUUCCGUCAAAGUUAAAUGUUUAAUAUUUGUCACUUUUAUGACUGUGUUGAAGUUCUCCAUUCUUUCUUAUUAAUAGAACUCAUUUUAGUUUGGUUAAUUUUGUUCCUCCUAUUCAGUAUACACUCAGCAUUUCUCAAACUUCAGCAUCAUAACCCAUAUGCAUGCAACUGCCAAUUUUUAUAGUGACUCAGUGUUGUUAGAUUGAAAAAUAAAGAGGAUGAGAAAGAAAAUAAAAUAAUAAUAAUAUGUGCGGAUGCCAAUAAGUAGGUCACAAAAGGCAGUUACUAAACAGUCUAAUGUGACACUCACCGGAAAACUAGUUUAUUUCUCGUAACUUAAUCAUCAUAAUUAUUUGUACACUUGUUCCAUUGCUUUAUCAGUGCUCCAUUACCAGCUGUGCAAAAUUCUUUGAGUUGCUGUCUUAGCCAUAUCUUGAACACUGUUAUCAUGUGCAAAGCAUUUGCCUCCAUGAUGUUUUGAUGUUUUUUAGUGGACCAAACAGGUAUUACAAUUGUUAUUGUGUACAGUAUAGUUUUUAAAUUAAUUCCUCUACCUUCUACACUGGUGAGUUUUUCUAAUCUGAACAGUUUCUAUCACUGAUUUUGGAGUGGUAGUGAGAAAGCUUCUUGCCUCACUUGUGCUUGACCAGCUUUAUGCAGCAAGCACUUCUUUCCUUAAGCAGGAAACUUUCCUUUAUGAAUAUCAUUUGAAAACAUUUCCCCUUCUUCAUCCAAAAAAGCAGAUAACUGAAUGCUACUCUUGUUUUGUAUAGUCACUGAGUUUCAUUGGCAUCUUGAAACUGAACUACACAUGUGCAACUGAUACUUGGUAACUAAUAAAAUGAAUUCAUUAGCUAGGAUGGUUAUGCCACUUACUAAUGUGCAUGAAAAAUGCUCAUUGCUGCUUUCAAAUGUAUCAUACUAAUUUUUGACUUCACAAUUUCCCAUCAUAAUAUGUAUAAUAAUUAAUAAUUGUAAAUUAAUUAACAAAUAUAAAUAAAUACGUAUAUAGCAAAGUAAAAGUCCUCAUAACUUUUCACAACCCACUUAAAACUGGUCCACUAAAGAUUAGAAAUGAUCAUGCAGUGACAAAAAAAAACAUGAUUUCAGUUUGAGAAACAGUUUGAAGUUGGGAAUUUUCAAAGGUAUCUAAUUUUCAAUAUUUUUUUAAAAUUUUUGAUAAAUGUUUGUACUAGCAUAAUUUCAGGAAUCAUUGGCUCAAAAAUUCAAUUUUAAAAUAAUCCAAAUAACAAAAUCCAUAAUAGACUUAAACCUUGAACUGUGGAGAUGAAAACUCUAAUUUUGGCUGAAAUUGGCUGGAGCUUAAACAUUUAGGGGAUUAAUUGGCUGUCUGAAAUUUACUGCUUUUUUUGAAAGGUCUCUUUCUCUAUCUCUCUUUUGUUUGUUUGCUUAUUUUGGUAAAGUCAUUUACUAAUUUGUAUUAUAUAUCUAUGUGUAUUAUUUAAAGAUCAUUUUUAACUUAAAUUUGUUACUUUGUAGACACUACUUUAUUUUUAAUAGCACAUUAGUUUAUUUUGUUUGAAUGUUCCAAGUAAAAUGGAGAUGAAUGUUUCGUGCAAUUCGCUUUUAUAUGCUUUUUUUUAAAUUUUAUACAUGUGGUUCAAUAUUUGUAAAAAAAAAGUUUAUAUAUGAGGUUAAUUAAAUGGAUAAUAUUAUUAAAUGGAAAUUAUGAUUGUAUUUGAGUAUGAUUAUUCAUUUAUAUAUUUGUGUAUUCUGGUGAAAAAAUUAUGCAUUAUUAAUAUUGAAUAUCCAUUCACCUUAAUGCAAUUUUUCAUAUCUUAUUUACAGAUGUAUAAUAAUUCUUUAUUAUAGUCAAAAAUGCAUCUAGUCAAGGGGAGAGAAUUUUGUCAAUUUGUCAUUGAAAAACAUAGCUUUUAAUUUUCAAAACACACUGAACAAAUGUUUGAGUUGUAUGAUUAAUUUAAUGUAUUGACGUGUACAAAUGUAUGUAUGUAGAUUUUUCAUAGCAAAUGUAAACAAUAUUUUAAGUUUAAUAUCAUUUUAUAAUUUUACUUAUCAUGAUUUUUUAUUUUAUGAAAUCAUGAAUCUGAUAGGAGAUGAUAUUUUUACUAAAAUGUAAGUAAUGGAAAAUUAAAAAUAUUGAUUUAAAGUAUGAAAUUUUAACUUUUAAAAUUCCAUAAAAUGUAUUUAUACUUGUUCAAUAUUCAGGUGAUUUUAAUCUGAGCUAAUGACUCUAGAAUAUAGCACUGUUAAUUAAUACCCUUAUAUAUGUGUAAAAUAUUUAUAAUCACUUUCAUAGAGCUGGGGUACUUGUUCAGAUUCUUUAAUCAUGUGAAAGAUACUGGCAGUUCUCUUUUUGAAGAAUUUAGAAUAGUAGGUAAUUGAAUUUUACUGAAAGUGUUUGUGGUUGUAGAAAAGUAUGAUCUGGAGAUUGUACUGUGUGGAAGAAUAUUUGGUGUACCGAUACCUGAGAAAUUACAUAAGUUAUACAAUAAAAAAUUGUACAUUAUGUCAUGUGGCAUGUUAUUUAUUGUGUUAAUAAAUAUUUAUUCUGUCA